UGCUGAUACUGGGGUUAUUAUGUGCUGUUUUGUUUAUAUGGAGAGCGAGAAGGAACAGAAGGAUGAGAGGAAAAGACAACCCCUCUGCACAACCACACCAACCAGGAGGUGCAGGCAUGAAACUAUAGACUGGGAAACGAGGAUGAAGAUUGCUAUUGGCUCCGCAAAAGGAUUGAGAUAUCUUCAUGAAGGCUGCAAACCCAAAAUCAUACACCCCGACAUCAAAUCAGCCAACGUUCUUCUUCUUGAUGAUUUUCAGCCAAAAGUGGGUCUCUCUUGUUACUAUACAAUUACUAAGGCUGUGUUUGGGUAA